AUGGGUUUUUCUUUAUACUCACAACUUACAAAACCCUUCAAAUACUUCUCAAAUCUCAUGAGAAGCAACUCUGAAGAGGAUGAUCCCGAGCUCCGCCCGUCCCCUUCGAACGUGCUGCUUCCGGACUACUUGACGAACAAAUCUUUAUGCAAAGAUCGCCUUCCAGUGGUCGAACAUGCAACCUUCAGAUCACAGAACGAGGAGGAAGGGGAGGAGGAUGACGAAGAAGAAGGGGGUGAUGAUUGUGCGGUUUGUUUGAGAAGAAUAGAGGCAUGGCACAAUGUGAGGGAGCUUGGCAACUGCGAGCAUGCUUUCCAUGUCGAGUGCCUCGAUUCUUGGAUCGACCGCGGUGGAGAAACGUGUCCCGUGUGUCGAGCUAGGCUCGUCUCUGGGGAGGUGGGACAUGGGAAAGAUCCAUGGAGAUCGGAGAGAAUGGUCUACUUGUUUGGAGAGGAUUGUUUGAUGGAGGAGCUUCAAUGA